GAGCGGGGGAAGGCGGCGGAAGGGCCCGUGAGGAGCCGGGAGCCGCCGCCGCCGCCGGAGGAAGCGCCACCGCCGCCGCCCUCAGUGUCCGCCCGAGCCGGGAGGGGAGAGGCCCGCACAGCCCCCACCAUGAACAAGUUGAAAUCAUCACAGAAGGAUAAAGUGCGUCAGUUUAUGGUCUUCACACAAUCUAGUGAAAAGACAGCAGUGAGUUGUCUGUCUCAAAAUGACUGGAAGUUAGAUGUUGCAACAGACAACUUUUUCCAAAAUCCUGAACUUUAUAUACGAGAGAGUGUUAAAGGAUCACUGGACAGAAAGAAGUUAGAACAACUAUAUAACAGAUACAAAGAUCCUCAAGAUGAAAAUAAGAUUGGUAUAGAUGGAAUUCAGCAGUUCUGUGAUGACCUAGCUCUUGACCCAGCCAGCAUCACUGUACUCAUCAUUGCAUGGAAAUUCCGGGCUGCAACACAGUGUGAAUUUUCAAAGCUGGAAUUCAUGGAUGGAAUGACUGAGCUGGGAUGUGACAGCAUAGAAAAACUGAAGGCCCAGAUUCCUAAAAUGGAACAAGAAUUAAAAGAGCCAGGAAGAUUUAAGGAUUUUUAUCAAUUUACUUUCAACUUUGCAAAGAACCCGGGACAGAAAGGUUUAGUUCUAGGCAUGAAUUUAGAACAGGGAAGAAUAAUUCUGGAAACCCUGGAGCAAAAGAACACUUGGAGAAGUACAGAGCUGCAAAAUUUAGAAAUGGCCAUUGCCUACUGGAAUUUAGUACUUAAUGGAAGAUUUAAAUUUCUAGACUUGUGGAACAAAUUUUUGUUGGAACAUCAUAAAAGAUCAAUUCCUAAGGAUACCUGGAACCUUCUUCUAGACUUUAGUACAAUGAUAGCAGAUGAUAUGUCUAACUAUGACGAGGAAGGGGCAUGGCCAGUUCUUAUUGAUGACUUUGUGGAAUUUGCACGCCCUCAAAUUGCUGGGACAAAAAGUACGACAGUGUAGCAUUAAAGGACCCUUCUAGAGUGUACAUAGUCUGUACAAAUACCUGAAAUGGAAAAUUGCACAGUCAAUUUCUGCUGGCUGGACUGAACUGAAGAUCAAUCCUCACAAUAUGGCUGAGGGUUGAGACAAACCUUUAAGGAUACAUCUUGGACCAUAUCAUAUUUCAUUCUUCUACUGGUGGUUUGGGCUUUUCUUCUAGUCUGGACCACUCUUGCCCGUUAAAAUUCCAACACUGUGGAUUUCAUCAUGGAUUUAUUUUUUGUUGGUGGAUCACCCUAGUUUCAUCUCCCAUAAGUCCUAGAAGCUUUAUAAUUAUUUUGAGGUUUCUGAUUUCACAUAAAGCACAACGCUGGUCAUCAUCAGACAACUGUUGUAUGGCAUCUGAAUUAUACAGAUCAACAUCAAAACAAUUUUUAAGAGAAUCCUUAAAUAUACACUUGGGGCUAGUUGCAAAGACUGUACUGAUAGCACUUCCUGCAAGAGUGAUAUAUUUAAGUGUACUGGGUCCGAGUUUUUUCUUUUCUGGAAAAGUGCAGGUGUCGUCUGAGUUUGAGUCUCUGGUCACAGCAGUGCCAGGAAUGGCCAAGGAGCCCCAGGGCUGUUGACUGGGGGUCCCUGGCUGAGGUUUCCUGGUGGCUCAGCUGCUCUGGGGACAGCUGGGGGACGACACAACUCGAGCACUUCCCCCCCGUGGGCCGAGCUGUGUCCUCACAGAACCCAGCGUUCUCUAGGCUACUCUCUGAGAAAUCAGAUUUCAUUACAGUUUUGAAAUGCUUGUCUGUCUGUCAAAGAAAGGUUUUUCAUUUCUGUGGAAAUCAAACACUUGAAUAUACUGAAUUUGUGUCUUAACUGUUUGCUACACAAUACAGUAUUUUAAAUUGAGAUAUGUGACUUUUAUGGCUGAGGUGUGACAAAGGAAAUGGCCCUGUUGUACAAGAAGCUGGUGAGAUUGUUGUGAAUCUGGGUUUUGAAACCAUUAUCCUGGUAAGUUAAAUCUUCAUCACUUAGAGGUACUGCCAUUAUGGAUGACACCCUUUUCUAAAUUAUUUUGCUGAGUUUUCCUUAAAUUGACAUAUCACUGUGGUAGCCAAACACAGAAAUUAAGAAUAAAGCUUUCCCAAACAAGCACAGAUCAGAUAGAAAAUACUUCACUGGCUUUGUUGUUUAAAUUAUUUUGUGGAUUAUCACUACUUCUGUCUUGUUGCAUUUGACUAAAUCGCUUCCUUUGGAUCAAAGCAGGUUUUAUCAGAUGCAAUUCUUUAAUAAUACAAGAGCUGUUUAGCUGCUUUUAUGGUCUUUUACUCCUCACUGAGUUAGUUGUGAAGGGGUUUGAUAAAUCCUGCUCUGGAAAACAAGCUGGCAAGAACAAGCUGCAGGAGAGGAGACAGACCAUACUUACAGGUGAGAAGAGGGGGUUUAAGCCCACACUCUGAAUACUGCCCUGUUAAGGCCAGAGUUAUUUUUGAGAUGAGUCAUUGGUACUUGCACUAAACUGUGGCACAAUUUUAUGCAGAUGCUGAAAGUAUUUUAGGGAAAAAUUGACUAUUAAACAGCUAAAAUUUUUAUUUGUACUCUGUGCAGUUGACCUUAAGGCUGGCUCCCCUUACAGCAGUGCCCUUUUGGCAAAUCCAGUUGUGCAUUUAUUCCAAAAAUACAGUUCCUCAAAAACGUUGCAGACUUUCUCCAGCUACUGGAAUUGGCUAUGCCAAAAACUGUGUGUCUUGCUGCUUUCAGUAUUUCCUUUCUCAGUUUUGUGUAAAUAAAAAUGGGGACUUGAAAUUAUGGGGGUGGGUGGGGUGGAAAAAAAAAGCUCGACAAGGUUAUCUCUGCGUGCUGUUUUCUGUCUUGAGGGUUUUGGUACUGUUUCAGAUUGAUUAGUUCAAGUAUGCUGUGUUUGGAGAGGAGAACUGACUUGCUUUUCAUCCCAAUGCAGACUUGUCCCUCAAAAAAGUCUGGCAUUGGGCAGUGGCAAAAUGCCGUGGUGUUUUAGAGACUCUUCCUUUUGAAUGCGAGAUCUUUCCAACAAAAUAGUGUUGUCAUCAGUUUGGUACUACAUGCUUAUAAUUACUGUGUAAUUAUAAAGAAAUACAUAAAAACUUAGACUAAUUAUGUUGCAGAAAAGGGUUAUUUGUGCUAUCAUGGCAUCUUUAAAGUUUUUCAAAAUGACUGAAGUUGAAAGAAAUAUUAACAGGGUGUUGUUGCAAGGACAAAAUGCCUGGUUACAGGGAAUAUUUUGUACUGAAAUGUGCUCGGAUGUGGCCAUGUGGUUUUUUCCUUCAUAUAUGUGUGGGGUUUUUUUGUUUUUCUGUUUUUGUUUUUUUUUUUUUAAGAAUGCAGCCAGUUGCUUACAAGGAUUGCUUUAAUUCGUAAGUGCUUAUGUCUUCAAUUUGAUGAUCUCCCUGCAAAUGGAUCAAUUUAAUUUUGCCAAAUGUCAAGAAAAAAAAAUGAAGGCAAACGUCAAGUUUGUAAACUGUUUUUAUACAUUAAAAUAUGUACAAAAUUAGAAGUGCCCUGAUAUAAAACACUUAAUCUUGAGAUUAUAUUUAGUAAAAACCCAUCAUUUGCAUAUCUCUGUAAGUUCAAAAUGUAACUUCUUACAAUCCCUCUCAUUACCAACAGAGGCAAUAAAGCUCCAGUGAAAUUGCCAUGAC